AUGCUGAUUGGUGCUGAAUUCUAUCAUACUCUACUUCAACCAGAACAAUUGAUAAUAGGAAAGAAUUCGCCACUGUUACAAAAUUCGGUGCUAGGUUGGUUGGUGGUUGGUAAGACUAAAACUACAACAGAUAUUAAACCAACAUGCGCUAUUACUACAGGAGAAGUUGGUGAAAUGUCAGAAAUGAUAGAACGAUUUUGGAAGUUAGAUAACAUUGAGACUGCAGAAAGGGUUUUGACUUUAUCUGAGAAAUGGUGUGAAAAUCACUUUACAAAUCAUGUAAAGACAAAUCACGAUGGUCGUUUCAUUGUACGCUUACCUUUCCACGAUGAUCCCACAACACUUGGUAGAUCGCGUGAGAUAGCAUUCAAUCGAUUUUGUUCUCUGGAAAGGAAGUUACAAAGGGACGCAAAUUUAUACAAGGAGUACAUAAAGUUCAUGGAUGACUACGAGUCAUUAGGUCACAUGGAAAAAGUUUGCCCGAAAGAUGUCAAAGGAGCACAAUAUUUCAUUCCUCAUCAUUGUGUCUUGAAACCUGACAGCACUACAACCAAAUUGAGAGUUGUCUUUGAUGCAUCAGCAAAAACAUCAAGCGGUUUAGCACUAAACGAUAUUUUGCACAAAGGUCCAACAGUGCAAAGUGAUCUUUUUUCAAUACUCUUGCGUUUUAGAAUACACCGGUUUGUAUUUACGGCUGAUAUUGAGAAAAUGUACCGGCAAAUUCAAGUACAUGAUGAAGAUACAGCACAGCAGCUGAUAAUCUGGAGAAAAAGUGCUGAUGAUAGUAUACAAUAUUACCGACUGAAAACGGUUACAUAUGGAACGAAGUCAGCCCCUUAUCUUGCAACAAAAUGUCUUCAACACCUUGCGAAACAUAAUAUGACCAACUAUCCGCUUGGAGCACCUGCAUUACUUAAUGAUUUUUAUGUAGAUGACUGUUUAAGCGGAACUAACAGCAUCAUUACCGCCUUAGACACUCAACAACAACUUACGGAACUGCUCAGUAAAUCAGGAUUUAAACUGAGAAAAUGGUGCUCAAAUAAUACACGACUCCUACAAAACAUUUCGAUAGAAGACCAAGAAAUCAACCUUGAUUUAGAUGACUCAGCCAUAAAGCCAACAAAAACAUUAGGCAUUAUUUGGCUCCCGAAAUCAGACGAAUUUUGCGGUAAGGCAGAGAUGUCAUCAGAGCAACCUAUCACGAAGCGGAUUGUGGCAUCGGACUUAGCUCGAAUUUUUGAUCCUUUGGGAAUUUUUGGCCCCAUUACUGUAACAGCUAAAAUAUUCAUGCAGGAAUUGUGGCAACAAAACUAUUCCUGGGAUGCGGAACUGUUACCUCAGGCUCAGCUAGAAUGGAAGCGUUUUAGAAAUGACUUACAAACAUUAAAUACUGUGAAAGUACCCAGACAUAUUUUUAAUUCGACGGUUCCCUGUUCGAUUCAAUUACACGUGUUUACGGAUGCAUCAGAGAAGGCAUAUGGAGCAGCUAUGUACGUGCGAGCAAUAUAUAAUGAUAAGACAAUAACAUCGAGACUAUUGUGCGCCAAAUCUAGAAUAGCACCAUUAAAAAAACAGACACUUCCACGACUAGAACUCUGCGCAGCAUUGCUGGGAGUCGAAUUAGCAGAAAGAGUUAAACAAGAUUUAAAGUAUCAAAACGUGCCAACCUACUUUUGGUCCGAUUCCGAAAUUGUUUUGUCAUGGAUAAUAUCUUCAUCUGCCUCAUUGCACACACUCGUAGCAAAUCGUAUUAGCAAAAUUCAAGAGAUGUCACAUGCUGAUCAAUGGCAUCAUGUGGCGUCAAAGGAUAAUCCUGCUGACAUCAUUUCCAGAUGA